UGCAAAAAGUCCGUUUUGCAAUCCAAACGGCAAAGGAGUUAGUCUUGACAGUGCUAUCACUCGAAAUCCUUUCCUACCCUCUACAACUCUUACUACGGCUAACAAAUUUUCAGAUUCCAACCGUUUCUGUACAAAAUCUCUUAGACACAAGCGACAGAUUUCAAACGAUAUAAAAAUCCCUAUAAACACUGAAACGACAACGACAAGUAGACCCAUACAGAAACCGUAUAGAUAUCCAGCAGCUACGUUGAGUAUAAUGUAUCCCCAAGCCAUUGGAAAUGACACUAAAGUGAACAUAACGAUAAACAAUAAAGCCCCUUGCCAUUGUUGCAAGUUUUGUACCCAUUCAAUAAUGUCUUUCAAGUGAUCGCGACAAAAUAUCACCAAAACUGCUGUCAAAACUAAAAGAAGUAGCACAGAUGCAGAUACGUGCAUGCAUUUAUGUUCUUGGAGACAAGAGCAUCGCUUUACACCGCCAAUAACUUGAUCGAAUUUUGUCGUUUCCCCUAGGCAUUUCUUCGCUUGAGAUUGAAUAUGUUCGGUACACUUUUGUCCAAGUUUCAUAGGCAUUUUUGCGAUUUUUUGUCCAAUCCAAUGUUACCUUUUUGAAGCCAAAUACGCCACGAAGUUCUCCAUAAUAUAAGGCCCAAAAUUAAGAGGUAAACGUACCAACUAGAUGGUUAAAAUGCGUGGAUAAAAUGAUUUACGUCAGUCGGACUUUGACACAAUCUGUGACACAAUACAAGGUGCUUGAGUAUGGCUUGUGACCGGGGAAUUUCUCUAUAGUUCACCACCACCCGGGAAGAUAGGACUAUAUUUACAACUACCGGGGGGUGCAUAUCUUACUUCCCAAGCUUCGUUAAAAUUCCUAGCGUUGUUACAAGUCACGGCCACUCCCUUUAUUUAAAUAAAAUAUUCUGUUAUAACAAACCGCAAAGAUUAAUAUUAGGUCAAUAUAUCAUUCACAGAAGUGUAAAAAGAUCGCGAAAUUUCGUUUUAAUUCAAAAAUAUUUGCAUGUAAACUUUAAAAAAUAACAUGGACAACAUGCAUUAUCUGUAGCCGCCAAAAUAUACCGGACAUUUCUUGCUCGGCAAAACCUUUGGCUUUGUUUACAUAAAAUGGCGACAAACAAUACAAUAUUGGCAUGAAAGAAACCUAUUUUAUUUGGCCGUGUUUUCUAAUUUUCAUUCAAGGUAAAGGUCCGAAAUGUACAGAAAUAUGUGCUAGCAAGUCAGUACACUGCCACUGGGUCGGCUGGGAAAGCCUGAUUUACAGUAAAUACGCCUGCGAAAAUGUGUUGUUUCAUACAUAUGAAUAUGUCUGACAUAUUGGAUUGUUAUAUAACCCCUUGUUCUGAAAAUAUGAGUGACAUGUGCCGGAAAUACUAAAGCCUGAUGGUCAAACGAGGAUUAAAGUUGGCAAUUAGGAUUUGUUACAGGGACAUUUUUUAUAACAAAAUAAAGUUAUAAAGGUUAAUUGAUAACGGUGUUCCUUGUGUUGGGAAAGCAUUUAAGAACAGCUACCUGUAAUCAAGGUCGUGUAAAGGUCGUGUGACUAAAGACUAAUACCAACUCUCAUGCACAGAUGCACUCUCAUCCUUAAUUGUUUGAUCCGGGCUUGAUACUUAGGCUACGGAAAUACUGUUGAGUGGUUGAACGUCAUUGCAAGUCAUUGUGCCAUGGGCAAUUAUUUUUUAAUGACCAUAAAUUAUUUCCAAAACGUCUCCUUUGCUUGAAGAAAUUGUCUGACAGUUUAAGGGUUAAAGGGGAACACAAGACUGCAUGCAAGCAAUUCCUAUUUUCCUUUGUUUUAUAGUUUCCCGGUCUUGGACUAAACAUGCGGGAGAUGGCAGAAAGGGGCAGAGAUGAAAGGAAAUCGUCUAAGCCCUUUUCUGCCAUUUCCCAUGGGUAUAGUCUCAGUUUGGGACACUAUAGAAGGAUUGCUUGCAGUCUAUAUUGACACCAUAUUACAUCAUCUGCUUCGAUAUUGUUGUGACAGUCACAACCAGAUGGAAAUGAGGCCUGACUUGAUGGGAACAAUAAAGCAUUAUUGAUAAAUAUUAAAUUGUUACAAUGGCUAUUUGGUUUAGGUGCCAUCUGUUCUACUAACAUGUUCGCAAGCAGGUACAGUCGAACAAUGAUGGGGAAAAUGCUAUUGGAGCAUUUAGAGACUAAAAAUGAACCCAUUGACCAUGUACAGGUGAUUGACACUAAAUAUCUAAUUAUUUACAAUUCAUUUGCUUUGUAUGUCAAGGGCAAACCUAGACUUUCUCAGAUAUAAACUUUUGCUUUUCUUGUACGCUUUCAAUCCAGUGGUACUUGUGUAAUAUGUCAAACUUUGAUGAAGAAGUAACGAAAUUAUUCAUACAGUUUGACCUUGAUGAAGAAUCACAAAAAUUCCUAAAAAAUUGCGACGAGAAAUCAAAUUAUGUGUUCACACAAAUGGCGCAUAAUGUCAUGAAAGGGAUCCUGGGAUACUUCAUGUCCCUAACCACCAUUAAUGGGUGAGUGAACACAGCCCCUGGGCGUCACUAGAGGUGUGUGUGUGAGGGGGGGGGGGGGAGUGGAACACCCCCACUUGCCAAUUAGUCAGCAAAUUAUUUUCUCCUAGUCAGCGAGAAUUUGGGCAAAAUUUAUUAAAAAAGCAUCAAUUGGACCAAUAUGAGAUUACAAUAACUGGACCUCUGGGCCUUUUUUAAUUAAUAAGAACUAUCCUUUUUUUAAUUAAUAAGAACUAUCCUUUUUUUAAAUUUUUUUAUCCAGUUAAUAUAAGUUUAUUAUUCGAUAUAAAUAAAAUAAUCUAUAAAUAUAAUUCAACAUUUUAUAAGUAUUAAUUUCAAUAAAAUUUCCUUUAGAAUUUUAAACAGAGGCUCAAUGUUUGUGUUCUCCCAGGCUCAAUUCCGUCAAUUAAUGAACAUUGAUGAGACGUGGAAAGCUGAUUCACUGCUCGACUUAGGAGCAGGGGAUGGUCAGGUCACUAAAAUGAUGGAGAGCCACUUUAACAAGAUAUAUGUGACAGAACAAUCACCUAGCAUGCGGUGGAGGUUACGUCAGAUGAAUUACGAAGUCUUGGAAAUUGAUGAUUGGACGAUGAAAACUUAUGAUGUCAUAAGUUGUUUGAACUUGUUAGAUAGAUGUGAUAAGCCAUUGAGCUUACUAGAAGACAUUUGUAAAUCUUUGAAUCCUCAUGGAGGGAGGUUGAUAAUUGCUGUGGUGUUGCCUUUCAGUCCUUGUGUCGAGUCAGGUAGUGGCAAAGCUUGUAUCUUUCACAAGGGCGGAUUUUCAUUUGUUUUAAAGGAGGGGUAGAAAAAUGUCUGGUGGGCCGGUGGGGUGCAAGCGGCACCACUGAGCGAGCUUCGACAGGGGUUAGUCGUUAAGGUUAAAGACUUUCACACAAAAUAGGAGGGGUGAAGCAAAAUUUUGGUGGGGUUGAACACUUUAUAAGAGGGGUUAGAGAGAUUCUAGGAGGGGUUUAACCAUAGAAAUAAUAGAUAUUAUAUCUAUGGGUUUAACC